CCUGGCGGAAAUGGCGAGCUCCCAGCUGCUGCUGCUGCCGCUCCUGGCUCUGGCGCUGCUCCGGAAACCUCCAGGGAAUCCCUCUGCGUUUGCCUCUACAGGUGUUGCCUUUGCAUUGAUGUCAAAAAUCAGAGGGAGUGAUGCCACUUCCAGCUCCAGCAGCUACUCCAGUUUAGAACCCACCUCCACCAGCCCCCUGAGCCUGAGUAUAGAUCCCAGCGCCCCCAGCCACACAACCCCCUCAAGUACAGGGGAAACCGUCACCAUCCCCACCAACCACACAACCCCCUCAAGUACAGGGGAAACCGUCACCAUCCCCACCAGCCACACAACCCCCUCAAGUACAGGGGUAACCGCCACCAGCCCCCUGAGUCAGAGUGCAGAGUCCAGCGCCCCCAGCCACGCGAGCCCCAGCUCCACAAAUCCAAAUACAGACCCCACAUCUGCACCACCAGGCACGGACCCCCACCCCGGCUCCGGCUCCCCCAGUUCAGGGUUCACCCAUUCCACUCACGGCAGUUCCACACACCUGGCCUCGCACUGGAUUGCCACUUCCCCCAGCGCUGGCCAGAGUGACCCUGGGGUCCCCUCAUCACACAGAAACCCAGGCGUGGUGGUGGCCGUGUGUUUGUUGGUAUCUGUUCUUCUCAUCGGGUCCGUGGUCAUGGCCGUGAAGUCCUGUCACCGAGACGCAUCCAGGUUCCAUAAACUGGAUGAAGAGUCCAUGGAAAACACGAGCCAAAGGUCAUCCUCUGCCAACCAACCACCAGAGUGGCUGUCGGAGCCAGGAGAGACCAGGGCUUAGGUGGGGCUGGGACGCUUGAAGAAAUAAUGCCCCUACUGCACUGCGCGUGGUGGCCGGCACCUGUAGCCACAGCUGCUUGGGAGGCUGAGGCAGGAGGAUCGCUUGAGUCCAGGAGUUCGAGGCUAGCUUGAGCAACAUAGUGAGACCUCCGUCUCAAAAAUAAAGUCCCAGCAGUUCAUCGGAGGCUUCACCGAGUCAUGGAUUCAUGUGACGAACAUUAAAUGC